CGGUACAUCAAAACCAUGUUAAUUGAACUGUUUCUUUUGUGCAUUGGAGCUUUUCUUCUGUUCUUCCUACCAUGGGCAAUGCUUUAUGACAUAGCUCCAGCACUAAGGAUUUUCCCACUGCCAUUCAGGAAAGGUUUUCAAUAUUUUGAUCAGAUUACAGAACACAUUCUUAAAGUUGUUGGUGAGCACAAGAUGUCACGGGUUGCUGGGAAGCCUAGAGAUUUGAUUGACAUUUACCUGGAGGAGAUGGAGAAGAGAGCAGAUCAAUGCACAACAUUUAAUGAUUCUCAGAUGGUCACUUUGCUCUUUGACUUGUUUUUGGCUGGAACUGAGACAACCUCUAACACACUCCGCACCAUAACCCUCUAUUUGAUGACCCACACUUACAUACAGGAGCGAUGUCAGCAAGAGAUUGAUGAAGUCCUUGGGUCUCGUGAACAUGUUACAUACGAGGACAGAAAUGCCAUGCCCUACGUUCAGGCAGUUAUUCAUGAGGCUCAGCGUGUUGGGGACAUUGCUCCUCUUAGUAUGUUUCACACUGCCACAACCAACACUAAACUACAGGGCUACAGCAUCCCAAAGGGGACUAUUAUCAUUCCUUAUCUGUCAUCUACUCUGAGAGAUAAAAGUCAGUGGAAAUUUCCCAAUGAAUUCAACCCUGAAAACUUCUUGAAUGAAAAGGGGGAAUUUGUGAAACCUGAUGCAUUCAUGCCUUUCUCUGUUGGAUCCCGUGCAUGUUUAGGAGAGAGUCUAGCUCGCAUGGAGCUCUUUCUCAUCCUGGUCACAAUACUGCGGCGAUUUCGUCUGAUCUGGCCAGAGGAUGCAGGAGUACCAGACUUCAAUCUUACAUAUGGUGGGACACAGUCAGUAAAACCAUAUUGUCUGUGUGCAGAACUACGUAGACCAGAGAAGACUUGCAAAUCUUAAGUUUGUUUCUUAUACCAAAGCACUCACUAUUAAGCAAAACAAAAAUUACAUAAUUUCUCACAAUUAAAGAAUAUGACCUAGAUCA